ACAAGAAGCCAACUUCAGGGUUGUAAUUUGAGGAAGUUCUAGAUAAAGAUCGAAAAUACAGGUCGGAGUACACAAAAAUUGAUUUCUUUUGCACCCACAGUGUGAUUUUCUGCAAUCUGAAACUCAAUUUCGAGAAGUGAGUUUGUGUUUAACUGUCCUCCAGCGCCAUCUUGAGUCGUAUCGCAGGCUUCACCGCCUGAAGGACAGCUUGUCUCACAGAUAUGCCGAGCUGCUGACGGAGAAGGUCCAGAGACAACGACAAGAGAUGAAACAGCACAACUCGGCUUUAAAGUUCGCAGAAAAACACAAUGGACAGAGCUCAACAGGCCUGACCUUCCAGGAGCUUGUUGGUUCAACCCUUAAAGAUAACGCUGCAUUCCUGAAGUCUUUACCUAAGACACGUUAUUACCUGAUCCUGGAGCUCCAGAAGCAAUUGGGCCAGCGGAGAUGUCUACAGGGUAUCAGGGAGCAAGAGGUGUUCAGGUCCUGGGUGGAUCAGAGCAAAACCACACAACUAGAGAAACAACUACAGCAAAUGGAGCUUUCCAGCAAGUCUGCUCCAGCGCUGAAGCUAGAGGAUUUGCCGAAGAAGAAAUUAGAAGUUCUUCCAAAGAUACAGGUUUCCCAUGCGGAAAGUGACGAUCAGCAGGAACACGUGAGUUUCUUUUAUUCCGAAUCCUUUCCUUCCUGAAAUGCAGUAACUCAACUAUGUUUGUAUCAUGACAGAUGUUAUGUUAUGUCACAGACAUUUGCAGUGAAUUAUUGGUGAACUCUGUAUCCUAAACUGCUUAGUUGAAAUGCGAGAUUUCAUUCCCAAUAGCUGUGUACUCCAGGA